UCAUUAGCAGUGGCCUCCUAAUCUGCUUCUAUCAGGUUUUCUGGAGAUUUGCCUCACUCUAACCAAAGCCAUGGCCUCCAAACAGAUGGUUCAUAUGAACCAAGGACAAGGGGAAAGAAGUUACGCUCGCAACUCCGGUAUUCAGAACGCUCAGCAGAACAGGAUGAAGCUGCUGAUAGAAAGAGCCAUCAUAGACUUCAGCAGCAGCACCUUGUUACCUGACAAGAUGGUGAUCGCGGACUUGGGCUGUUCCUCUGGCCCAAACGCGCUGGCACUGGUGUCGGUCGCUGUCGAGGCGAUUCAUGUUUACUGUCUUCAGUUCCAGCAGGCACCACCAGAACUGUGUGUGUUCCUCAACGACCUGCCUGACAACGACUUCAACACGGUGGUGAAGAGCCUCGUCACACUCCGUCGAAUCAACGACCCUGUGGUCGUGACGGGUGUCGCACCGGGAUCCUUUUAUGAGAGGCUCUUCACUAGUAGCUCCGUGCAUCUUGUGUGCUCGUCCAGUAGCCUGCACUGGUUCUCCAAGGCUCCUGAAGUUCUAACAAGGAACCAGAUCCCGGCUUACUACAUCAAUGUGCAUGCUAGGCGUGAAAAGCUCCCUAUGGUCCUUGAAGCCUAUGCACAGCAGUUCAGGAAGGAUUUCAGACAUUUUCUGGAACUGAGAGCCAAAGAAUUAGUCCCAGGAGGCCAGAUGGUUGUUUUCAUUAGAUGACGAGUGCAUUCUGAUGGCGUCACGCCCUUUCUGAUGACGAGGCAUUCUGGAAUCGCCCUUUCCAUUAGUCCCGGGCAUUCCGAUGACUUUUUAAGCGACCUAGACAGUGCACUCGUCACCCCAAGCUGGAUCGCCAACCAGAUAAGAGCCGUGUACGAACAGAUAGUUGUGCAACAUUUUGGGGAUGUGAUGGACGAAUUCGUGAGGAUCGCGGAGCGGCGCUGGAGCCUGGACGGAAGCUUGCUGCAGGAAGAGCAUGCUGGAUUAGCUAUGCUGACUCUGUCGAUCGCCAAGGCAUGAUAGAAUGAUGGAUUGA